AGAGUGCGGAACUAAAGACAAACAGCCAUGGACCGAGUGGAAUGGAGACGGCUACUAUGUACAGCAGAGGCCACCCCGGCCUUAGCCUGAUCGGUAAGGUAAGUAAGAAAGGAUGUUAUUUGUACAUCACUUUUGUAAAUCAUAUCUUUUACUUCUCGGCUAUUUCAUCGAGUUAUAUGGUGGAUGAUAAAUGUGAUACUGCUUCUAGGUAACUGCUGGAAUGGGUUUGUUAACACUUUCUGGUGCCAACCAGGGUGUACAUGGUGAGUUGGAAAACGAUGUUACCGAGUGAAAUUACGUUCAAAAAUGGAUACAUUGCCAAAAAUUACGCGCCUGGAUAUGACGAAAUUAUUUACUGUGUGGCUUUGUUGGUGUAAUAAAGAAUACAUUAAGACAAAAAAACUUAGGAAGAACGUAAGAACCCCUUAUGAUUUGGCGACACCACGAUCAUUGUUGAAAGCCAUAAAUUUCACUUAUGAUUAAGAGAGAAAAAAUCAAUAUUCAGUUCCUUAACAAAAUCACGAGUCUUCGCCUAUGAAUAUCAUCGAAUAAAAGCUAUGAUUAUCGUGUGUUUGAAUUGAAUUCAAUUAUCGUCGCACUUAUCUUUUAUUAGAGUCCUGCGGCGGUCGUACGCCCGCGAGGCCCACAGCCGCAGUGACAGUCGCAAGGCAAAACAAAAGAAACAUGUUCCCGCCCAAAACAAAAGCACGUGGGUUUCGCGAAGUGACAGAUGUUUUCGGAUGUAUUUGUGAUGAACGACAAGAGUGGCUCAGUAAAAUGAGUGUGCUUGCUGUCAAACCCCAUACAAUGGAAUAAAAUACUUUUAGAAUCUGAUGACGCUUUUACGAUUAGUAACUGUCGCGCUUAUAUCGGAAGCGAGAGGCAGGUAAUCGCCAUAUUCAGAUUUUUCUUGAGAGGCAUAAUACUAAUACUUAUGGAAAUCCAUAUUGUUAAUUAUGAAUUUCAUGGCGCAAGUAAAAUAAUAUUCGUAUUACAAUUUUAUUGAUUAUGGAUGAAUUAAUUCUAUUCUAAAUCAUGGCAUGAAAUUCGGAAUUACCCAGUAAAAUGAUCGAUAUUUCUUAAUCGAUAUUUCAAAAUAAAAGGAUAAAGGAGCGCAUUUGACGGUUCUUUCAUUUAGGUUUGCAUAAGGAGCUAGCAUUCUCUGGCAAAAAAAUGACCGUCAAAUUUGCUUCUUAUCAUUUUUAUUCAAUCGUUAAGAACGAUUAAGAACGAUCGGUCUUGUUGCUUACGCUGUCCCAGAUUUGUUGUUGAUUUGGGCGGAGAAUUCUUGAGAUUAGGAAAUGAAGGCAAUUUGACUUUUUAUGUCCUUCAGUUCCGAAAACAGAUCUUUGGUGGGCUGUUCAUAAACCACGUAGACCAAAAUUUGGCCAUCUCAGACCCCCCUCCCCCUCGUAGACUUUUGUCCAUACAAAAAUUUUAAAAUUUGUAUGGAGCGUAGACUUUGGCCGGACCUCUCCCCCAACCCCCCAAAAAGUCUACGUGGUUUAUGAACGGCCGCUUAUGUGUGUUUAUCCAAGCAGCAGCUAAUUGGAAUCCAUACCUUUACUGUAACGAUUUUCAUAGUUUUCAAUAAUGAUUUUUUCACAACCAUGCCACUUAUGACAAUCAUAAGUUGUAGGUAUGAAACGCAAGCACAACAGCUAUAAAAUAAAUAAGCGAGUAAUGAAACAGAAAAAUCAUCCAUUCAUAAAUUACAACUUAUGGAAAUCCUAAGUGUUUUUGCCUCAGUGUACCCCGGGUGGGCAAUUAGCCUGUGUAUGCUGGCAAAAUUCUUUUGUUCUUUGACUUUUACUGCGAGCUCUGUUUUGGUGCUGUCCUGCUCACUCUGACAGAUAUUUUGAACACAGUGCUCACAGUAAAAGUCAAAAUCUCACAGCAUGCAGAGGCUAAUGUGCGUGCGGUAUCAAUUGUCUGUUGACAUAAAUAUUGAGGGAUGAGGCUCUUCACACAUUGAGAGAUGCUCAUUGUCAAACAUAGGGUCAAGUGGGGUAAAAUGCCAUUUUUCAAACUUUCAUCGUUUUCAAUGAUAAUUAGCCUCAUUUGUUAGGCUUUCAAAGUGGUAACAGCAACUAGACAAUAUUUGCUCGAUAUUGCUGGUUGCUUUCAAAGAUGGAUUUUUGAUGCAAUUCGCCUAUCACACUAUUUUUGUGCUCGGGGACGGUUGCCGACAUUAAUUUCAUAAACUCCACAUUUCACAAACUUUUUCCUCUGAUAACCCGGUAACGACUUUGGUGAGUAACAAAGAGAGAAAGUCGUGUCGGAGAGUUGUCAGAUGUAUUAGAAUCAAAACAAAAUCGAGAAAGAAUCAGGCGAAUCACACACCACGUGCUAAUCUGUGACAUUUCUCGACGUUAGAAUGCUGUCAGAUAGGCCGGUUGCACUUAUCGUCACACUUCUCAACCGUCACACUUUCAUACUGUGCAGUUCGAUUUGGUGUGAACAGUGCAAUACUUCAGCAAAACUAUUCAUCAAACUCUUGCGUUUUCAUCGAUUUUUAGCGAUUUUAAAAACUGAUUCGUAAAACGGAAGUGGUGCAAAAAGACCAUCUGCCAUGGGGUAAGAUGCUACUUCAUGAAAACAUUCAAAAAUUACGUCCAUCUGUUUUCGGGCAUUUCCGACUCCUUUUCCCCCCUCUGCCCCGCUUUUUUCGUAUACUCAAUAAAUGCAGUGUUACCUCCCUCCCCGCAAAACGAUGAUCAUAAUAUUUGAAUGACCCCUUAUAUGGAUAGCGUAGAUAUUAACAACCAUGCGCCUCCAUGUGUGCCUCAAUCUCGUUGGAAACACUUGGCUGGUAAUUAAAUCACCAGAAAACCUUAAUUGCAAGCACGAAAAACCGGAAGUUGUAAAUUUUCAUAGGGAAAUCAAAAGAUUGCAAACAUAACUUGACACCAUUCGCCUAUAGUAAUGAUCAUGUCCCAUUCAGGAAUGAUUUUUUGAGUUAGGCCAUUUUACCCCAUCUUGUCAUUUUGGGCUUUGUGCCCCUACACUACACACUGGAAUACGCAAUAUUCACACAAACAACUUUACGUUUACGUUUCUGUUGCUUGCACUGGUAAAACCCAGAACUGCGGAGAUUGGCCUCUGGAUAUAGAAUAUUUUCCACUACAAAAAAAAUUCAGAAGAUACCUUGAUCCAUACUCUACAUGUGCACGAACACCGAUUUUGAAAAUAUUGCUUCGUUAUUUAAUAAAAAAUCAAAAACCAAAAAGUGAGGAAAUGCUUCCAGUUUCGCCUUAAAUGCAAAAAAAAGUGUGUUUUCCCAUGUAAAUUCUCCAACUCAAAUUUUGUACACCCGUUCAAAACUCUAAAUGGAACCAGAAAACUUUGAGCUGAGAAAACGAUCCCGCAAAGACCCACGCUUAUACCGGUGACAUAUCCAUAUUUGAUAAGCGAUGAUAAGUCUAUGAUGUCAUUGACCUCACAUAGUAGCAAAGCUAGCACACGUGCGUAAUUACUAAAGGAUGUGUAUUAUAAGGUACUCGCGGGAAUGCGACAGAUUAUGCUGCGCUAUUUUUCCAACACCGGAGAUACAAUGCCGAAGGCCCGUUUCACACAGGAACAAAAGUUACAUAGAAAAUACAUAGAGCAGAAAUCAAAAUAGAACUGAGUGACAACGCCGCCGAGAAACGACAACGAUGGCUUGAGCCGAUUCCACGGAAACAUUGAGACGAUGCAAGAAAUAUGUUAUAAGACACGCCUCCGCGCCGCUGGCCGUGCUCCAAAGACGAUGCGGUAUUUAAUUUUUGUUUCUUUCAAGGACGGUGAGUCCAAUAAAAAAAAACCUGAUUUUGGAUCUUCUCAUACACUGUCCUGCUAAAUUCUAAUAUAAGUAUCUUCAAUAGCAACACACGUCCACAAUUUGCAAAUGAUCAACUGAAUGCCUGUAUUGAGCAUUGUAACGUUACGUCAUAUCAAAAUUGUUUUAUAUUGCUCAUUUAAAAAUAAUAAAAAAAAAAACAAAAAAAAUGUGUUUAGGUGGUAAUAAUAAGUACAAUAGUUGUAAAGCACUGUUCUAACUGAACAUUACCGCAUUUCCAGUAUCUUUAACAAAAGUUUUCUGUAAAUCCUAUUAUGUUUUUGCAAAAAUGCUCAAAACACCAAAAAAUCUAUUUGAUACACCUCUAAAUGUUCACCAAUUGACCCAUUUUUGGAUUCAAGACUAUUGAUUCUGGAUCUGGGUCGAUGUCCAAAUAAUCCGGUUGUAUUUUGUUGCCUAGUGUAAUCCAUAAUCACUAGCGUAUACGUUUGGGAUUUCCACUAGGAAUACCGGUUGGGAAUCUUGAAUACCGAUAUUGCAGAUUAGUAAAUUUUUGACCGCCAUCGAGAAAGCAUUUUCUGUUCCCAACUUUGAAUGUUAGUUUUUAUCACAUUUGUUCAAGAAAAACAUCAAUGAUAUAGUUCAAAUAAAAAUGGCAACCAAAGUGUUAGUGUAUUUUUUACUUUCAUUAAUGUGGUAUCAAUUAAGCCAAUCUAUUAGUGUCCCGGUGUCACCAUGCAGUGACCUGUUCUCAUACCGAGUUCAUCCUGAUGAAAAGAAGACUGUUGGUUUUGUACAGCUAACUGGUUUAAAGCCAGAUAAAGAUGUUCGUCUCAAGGUACAGAUCUCAAUAAGAGCUUGGUUGAUGAAAGUAAGUAGAGUGCAGUUUAAUUGACUAGACUGAAAUGACUUAGCUAUGCCCUUUUCAGGAACAAAAAUUUUACCUCCAUCUGUACAAAUCACUCGACGCUACGUACAGUGACAUCGUCAACCAUGGAACUGCAACAUAUUGGAUAAAAUCCCCAGUGAGACACCCUCUUCCUAGGCUGGUAUCGAUAAACCUAAACGGGAAACAAAUAUGUUCCGGGCCUGCUGCACAAAAUUCAGCAGCAACUGCAACGAUGGCUCAUGCUUUUAUUCGUCCAAAGUCAUAUAGUACGGGACAUGAAGCCACAAAGGCGCAUCUUCUUCCACCGGUUGCAGUUCCAGACAAUUGUGGCACCAACAAUCAAGUAGCAGACCUCACCAUUAACGGCGAUCCCUCGCGAGUCGGUCAAUUUCCAUGGGCUGUACCACUAUUCAAACGCAAUUGGCUAUCAGACCUAGAGUAUUUCUGUGCUGGGACAAUCAUUACAGAUCGACACAUCUUAACCGCGGCACACUGCGUCAAACUCGUGUCACCAGAUGAUAUCCUAGCCAUUCCCGGACAACACAAUAUCUCAGAUUUAUUGGCCGAAGAUGGCGCCGUUUUUGCAGAUGUUCAGAAGGUCAUAUGCCACGAAGACUACGUGCGUGAUAGUGAACACCUUGUUGAUCAAGAUGCGGAUAUUGCUAUCUUGCGAUUGGAAAGGCCUCUCCGUUUCACGAAUUUGAUUAAACCAAUCUGUUUAAGGCAAGGUCUUCACCAGCUUAGUAAAAUUGAAAACAACAAUGGUAUAGUGUCAGGCUGGGGCCACACCGAAAAUGGUCCUACGCAAAUCCCCUUUCACUAUACCAGUUCCAUUGUCAGCAAAGAGCAGUGCAACGCUGACUUGAAUGAUAAAAUUCCCGAUAGGGCCAGGAUAUUCUGUGCUGAUGGAUCGGGCUCUGUCGCUUGCAAAGGAGAUUCCGGUAGCGCAAUGGCUAUAAUACAUAAGAAUCGCUUUUAUCUACGAGGCGUGGUAUCCAAAGCGAUCCUGAAUAUAGUAACUGGGAAAUGUGAUGCGGACAAUUAUGCUAUAUUUACGGAUGUUCCUAAGUUUAUGCACUGGAUAUUAGAGCAUAUUGAUGAUGAUGAUGAUGAUGAUGGUGAUGAUGAUGAUGAUGAUGAUGAUGAUGAUGAUGAUGAUGAUGAUAAUGAUUAUGAUGAAGAUGAUUAUGAUGAUGAUGAGGAUGAUGAUUUUAAUGCCAAUGAUAAUGAUGAUAAUGUUGAUAGCGAUGAUGAUGAUGAUUUUGAUAAUAUUUUUGGUUUUGAUGAUGAUGUUGAUCGUUUUUUUUCUUCUACUUUCCCAAAGCUUUCUUCUGUUGGUGUUGGUUUACUUAUUAACAGGUAUGUCAUCAUUAUAGGCAUAAUAGGCAAUGGCAUAACUAGAAUUGUUUUCAACUGUAAUACAUACGGUUGGGCAAAACGACUGCCAGUUGAUUUUCAGGCAUUUUUAAAGUGGUAGUGAAUGAUUCUUCCUAGCAGGUGUAUCGGUUCCGGGUGAUUUGACCGAAUGCCGUUUGGCCGAACGUCAUUUUGCCGAAAGGGUCAUUUGGUCGAACGCCGUUUGGCCGAAUGCCGUUUAGCCGAAACAUUAAUGAUUAACUUAAGGGAUCAUGCCACUGUUCCCCACAUCGGUGUAACUCGUAAGAACAGCCUAUGGUUUAAAUAAGGAGAAGUCUCUGAUAAAAUAUUGGCGGAUUCAGCGCAAACUAAUCCCUGAAUGGGAACACUAAACUAAAAAAUUCGCUUUGAUCCGCGGGUGCAUAUUGCUCAGGUAAAUAUGAGUAUGACAAUACGAAACCAUCUUUUACAAUUUAUUAAAUUCUGCAUACAUACAGGGGAUAGACAAAAUGAUCGGGACAGGGAAAACUUUCACUUUUCUAAAAAUGGUUAAAUAUCAGUAACUUUCGAAAAGUGCAUAAAAAAUCUAAAAAUUUUACUGUAAGUUGAUCAACUAGUUUUGUAUUAAUUAUCAUAAUUUGGGAAAGAUGGGACUAUUUGGCAUGAAGUUAGAAGGAUUCUAGAAAAAGUCAUAAUUAUCCGAUAGCCAACUUUGAACGCUUAUAUCUCCUGAUUCAAUAAACCGAUUGCAAUGAAAUAUUAAGCGUUUUUGACUCAUAAAAUGAGUUUUGGAAAAAAAAAUAUUCAACUUGGAAUUAUUGAUAAGAAAGAAAGUUACAGCGGUUUCAUUUAUUUUAUAAUUUUUAAGUAAAUUGGUCCAACUUUAAUAUGCUUCCCAUUACUUUUUCAAUUUAUUGCCGGUUAUUUUGCUACGUCCUUUCAAAACAUAUUCAUAUUGAUAUAUUGACUUCAAAAUUUAGGGAAUUUAAAUAAACUAUAAUUGCCAUUUCGAAUUUUGAAGCGAUGUUGAAAUUUUCGAUAAUUUGGUGUUAUAUCAGAAAAAUAAUCAAAACGCUGUAAUUUUCUUCCGUGUUAACAAUUUCAGAUUAUGUCAAACGUUUUUCAAAGCUAAUCAUAUCAGUCAUGAACGCUCAAAAUUUCAUUGCAUUUAGUUCAUUGAAUCUGGAGAUAUCGGAUAAUUAUGACUUUGUCAAGAACCUUUCUUAUUUCAUGUAGAAUAGCCCGAUCUAUCCCUAAAUUGGACCUUAAUAGACAACUAGUUUAACAACUUACAGUAAAAAUUUUAGAUUUUUAAAUAAACUUUCGGAAAAGUUACAGCUAUUUGAUCAUGUUUCGUCCAGCGGUUGAUCAGACCCCACGUUGUGUUUUAUUCCCCCGGGGAUAGAAAGACGACGAACUACUUCUACACAGUAAAACCGCUCAGCACUAAAAUGUGUAAGACCUACUCAUAAAUGCAUAAUUUCCAUACCACUCAUAAAAUCUGUAAGAGUUACACAUUCACAAAAUUUGCUCCUGCGUCCACAAAAUCGUUAAAGUUGCAAUUAUUUUUUUAUGGUGGCGAACCAAAAAAUAUAGACAUUCGGCAUCUAGAAUAGUGUACGAGCAGAUUUUGUGAAUGUGUAACUCUCACACAUUUUAUGAGUGAUAUGGAAAUCAUGCAUUUAUGAGUAGGUCUUACACAUUUUAGUGCUGAGCAGUUUUAGCGUGUUCUCACUCCUCUUUGAGCACGCCCUAAACUCCCCUUUAACUCCACACGCUACUUUUUUUUCCGUAAACCAAACGAAUCCCUAAUAAAAAUUUAGUAGGGUACCUGCUCCAGUUAUCGCACUACCUUAGAAGAACUAUUUCUACAAAAAUAAGAAGAAGACCUUCGAAUGUCAUCGAUGUGUCAAAUUAUUAUUAUUGUUAUUAUUAUUUAUUAAAGACACUUUACCACGUUUGGUUGUGGCAUUCGUGUCUGCGAUAUGUCAAAUGAUUGAUUAGUUUUCAUACUUUACAGGAAAAUAUAGUAACGGGUCCAAAAGUACUUUUAGUAUUUAUCACGGCGUGUGCCAAUGAUAGGAACCCUGUACCAGUUAUGGGCACAUUUGUUAAUUUUGGUUCCACUUCGCAUUAUUUACAUGCAUUCCUUAUGGGAUUAGCCAUAACUGGUACACUAUGGCGAAAUAGGGUGCAAGGAAGCCGAAAAUAUAAGGAAAAUGAUUUAUUUCUAUCGUAAUUGGAGCAAAUUGUGCAGUUUGAAUGAAUGGAAUCAUCAUUUGUGAACGUGAUCUGGUGUUCACAAUUUUUUUCUUGUUAAUUUGCAUCAUUAAAGGUUAAAAAUCGACUAUGGCGAAUUUGAGGUAGUAUAGCCAUAACUGGUACACUGAGCCUACUCCAACCUCUCUGAACACAAUCAGAUUCCAUUUAGGUAACAUAACAUAAAUGGAGGUACCUAAAUAUACUUUAUGCAAUUCAGAAUUAUAAUUUCUAUUUUAUACUUCUUAUUUCAGUAUCAUAAUGACUUAUUUUUCCGUACCGGUUCAUUAUGCAACUGAAAUGAGUUGCAUAAUGAAAAAUAGUUGCAUAAUGUUCAUUAUGCAACUCAUUUGAGUUGCAUUAUGAACAUUAUGCAACUCAAAUGAGUUGUAUAAUGAAAAAAUCAUUGCAUAAAAUUUUGUAUGGAACUCGUUGCAAAACUCGAUUUUUUCAGCACUCUUCAUAUUUAUCCAACUCGGCAAGCCUCGUUGGAUAAAUGUACGACUCGUGCUGAAAAAAUCAACUUUUUGCAACUCGUUACAUAAAUAACUAUUAUUGAAAUGAAUUCUACUUAAAUGGAGGUUUGAGUGUACGAGAUUUAGGAUAUCACAGGGCUCCAAGCUAUAAUUCGAAGAUCAUAACAUUGAAUUGAAAAAAAAAUAGCUAUCAUUUAUAGAUGCUUAAACAAAAAUGAUAAUACGAACAUCAUAUGCUAUGAAAUGGACCAAUGAGCUCAAUAAUAAAUGUAUGUGACAAAUAAGACAAAAUAAUCGGUUUAAUAAUAUCAUAACCGUUACUAAGAUC